UUUAUCACUUCAAAGAAAGACCAGGCGAAAGUGUACACCACCGUCUGAGAAACCAAAAGACGGACUAGAACGUGGCUGAACAAAACUUGGUUCCAAGAAUUUUGAAAGACAAAUCCUAAGAGGUCUGGCAAGGAUCUUAGACUUCUUGCAGAAGAUUGGGACCAAGUAACAGACUAGAACAAAACUUUGCUCUGAGAAUUUAAAGACACUCCGAGAAGUCCAGCAAGGAACUUUGAAGGUGGACACGAGGUGGACUGACAAAACAUAAGACCAGAAGAAGGACUGACCAAGACUUCUUGCUGAGGAUUGGCAAACGUGCCAACCUCUUUGGGCAAGGAGGGCUAAAGCUAUUAUCUAUAAUUGGAGCAUCUGCAAGCGGAAAAGUGUCGUCGAGUUUGUGGCCCGAGGAGGCGUGGUACUCAGAGGGUGGUGAGAUGGUGAACACAGGUAUGCAGCUGAUCAGCUUCACCUUUGCUGUGACAGGCUGGGUGAUGGCUAUAGCAGUGACUGCACUGCCCCAGUGGAAGGUCACGGCCUUCAUAGGCAGCAACAUCUUGACCUCCGAAAUUAUUUGGCAGGGGAUCUGGAUGAACUGCAUCUACCAGACCACUGGCCAUAUGCAGUGUAAGACCUACGACUCCAUGCUAGCUCUACCGCCUGAUAUCCAAGCAGCACGAGCCCUGAUGUGCAUUGCUAUCUUCUUGGGCUGGUUGUCCUGCACCGUUUCUUGCUGUGGAAUGAAGUGCACCACCUGUGCCGGGGACGAUCGCCAUGCCAAGGCUGGCAUAGCGCUGUCCGGUGGGGUGCUCUUCAUCCUGACGGGCCUGUGCGUCCUAGUGCCAGUUUCCUGGACAGCAAACACUGUGGUGCAGGACUUCUACAACCCCAAUGUUCCCCUCCAGCACAAGCAGGAGCUGGGUCAGGCCAUUUACCUGGGAUGGGCGGCAGCAGUGAUUCUUAUGAUCAGUGGGGCAGUGCUGAGCAGUACCUGCCCACACAUCGAGAGAGGAGGGUACAGACGUGGAUACAUAGGCCGCAGUUUUGCAAACUCCAGGCCUUCUGCUCCUGAUCUGCCGAAGCCAAUUACCACCAGUACCCUGCCUCUUAAGGAGUAUGUAUGAUAGAGAUAAAAAAUGAAAGAAAAUGUGGGAAGGUUUGGCUAAACGGAUAAUGAUUAAAGGUGAUUUCUGUUUCAAUGGACGGAUGCAUUUUGUGUUACUGUCACUCUGAUGAUCAUGGCCAUAUUUGCCAUUUAAAAUCCCAUUUAUCUGCUUUUUCUGUCAUUGCUU